AUGUCAUUGUCUUCGCGUGCAUUUAAAUCGCCGAUUGGGAAGAGUUUACAAACACGUACUAUAUCCUCUACUACCCAAUUGUUAAAGAAGAAAGCACCAAAAUCUACUCCAUCAAAGUCAACAAAGAGUGAUGCUGCUUUGGCUGAUACUACUGUAGUACUUCCAACAAAAGGGAAGAAAGUAGGUAAAUCUAGGGAUUGGGAUGAGGCCCAGGUAGAGACUACACAUCAGGAGGAUGAAGCUGAAGGGUCAUUUGAUUUGAGUUUCAAUGACUUCACCAACAAGCAAAAGGAAAUAGUAAAUAAAACUAAAGAGGAUCUAGAGACUUUAGUAAAUAGAGUUGGUAGAGUUACUCCAGAUUUACUUGACUCUGUUAGCGUCGAAAUUGACAAAGAGUUGUUCAAUUUGCAAUCUGUAGCUUCAGUAUCAGUAAAAGAUGGAAGCAGCCUGAUCAUCUCAGUAUUUGAUGCUUCAAUGAUUAGAGACGUCGAGAAAGCUAUCUUCGCAGCUAACCUUGGAUUAACACCACAAAAGAUAUCUGAGAAUGUUCUCAAAUGCUUAGUACCAAGACCAGCUGCAGACACAAAGAGCAAGCUAGCGAAAGAUGCAGCUGGGAUAGCGGAAAACGCUAGAAUAGCGUUAAGGUUGCGCAGACAAGCGUUACAGAAGAUCGUCAAUAAGCAGAAAACAGGUAAAUCUACGAACGACUUGCGUACAAUCGAUAAAAUGAUGGAUGAAGCAACUAUUACCCAUUCAAAGUCAAUAGAUGACCUUUUGCAUAAAGCACAAGCCGCUUUGCGCUAG